UUUCCCCAUAUAUCUUGAAUCAGCGUUCCUAAAAGUUUUCAUUUCUCUGUCUUCCGUCCCCAAUUUCUUGGCCGGGACUCCUCUAUCCUGGCUGAGUUUUUGGGUUAAUCACCAUGAAGGAUUUCAAAGCAGGUGAAAGCAAGCAAAAAUCGCAUAUUUGGGUAGCCUCACUAGGGUUUGUUUCGUUCUAUUUGGUACCCCAGAUGUUAACUUCCUCGGGUCUGGCUGUGCACACUCAGAUGGGAGCCUGUUGUUCUUCUUGUAUGUUUUGUGGACAUAAUGGUGAUGAGGGUCAACAUGAUGUUCAUGAAGCCGGUGGGAAUGUGCACUUUAUAAAGACCAUGGAUGGUUGGGAGGCGAAGUUAUCAGAAGCAAUUGAGGAAGACAAACUUGUUGUUGCAAAUUUUGGUGCAUCAUGGUGUAAUCCUUCUAAAAGUAUUGCAGCGGCCUACUCUGAGCUUGCAGCUAAACAUCCUUCAAUCUUAUUUCUAACCUUGGAUGUCGAUGACCUCGCUGAGUUGAGUACUUCAUGGGAUAUAAAAGCCACUCCAACAUUUGUUUUUCUCAAAAAUGGAAGACAAGUCGAUACACUUGUUGGAGGAAACAAGCAGGAGCUCCAGAAGAAAAUAGCUGCUGUGGCUCAGUUAGUAACCAUGUCUAGUAAUUGACUCUUUUGGGAUGAUCAAUUUCUUUUCUAGUUGCGAUAUUCAGGAAAAUCAGUCAUGUUAACUGAUUUUCUUAGUUUCGCAUGGUUAUAUCAUCAAGUCAGAGAAUGUAGAGAUCAUAGAGGGAGCAAAGGCAAUGAAUAUUUUAUGAUCUCUGUUUAUUGCUUGGAAGGUUAGGGAAGAUAAAACAAAACCACAACUUGGGAACCUAGUAGGAAUAAGUUGUCCUGCACAUUUGAAUAAACAGGCAGCAGGAGCUGAAGGCAACUGAAAUCUUUAGCAAGUUCACAUAGAUCUAGCACACAGAUAUUCCGACAGUCCGAUAUACAGAGACAACUCGAUCAGAUGAAAGUCGAUAAUAAAUUCAUUCGGCA